AUGAAGGAAGCGAUUGUUAGGAAAGACACCUCAGUAGAGAUUGUCGACUCUCCCAUUCCCAAACCGGGUCCUGGCCAUGUGUUAAUUAAGGUCAUCGUCGCUGACCAUUUCCCACUAGCCUGGCCAGCGCAGGCCUUCGACUGGAAGAUACCCAUCCAUUUCGGUCGUGAAAUGAACACCGGUGACGACAUCUCCGGUAUCGUCGAAGCCGUGGGAGAGGAUGUGGUUGGAUUUCACAAAGGGGACCGCGUGGCCGCCUUCCACGAGAUGAUGACCUCUCACGGGGCAUUCGCUGAGUACGCCAUAGCGCCUUAUUAUACUACCUUUCACAUUCCGGACUCAACCUCCUUUGAGGAGGCCGCCACGGUUCCCUUGGCUGCCUACACAUCCGCCUGUGCGCUUUUUCAGGAGCUCGAGUUACCUGAGCCAUGGUCACCACGUGCUAAGGCCGCGGGAAAAGAGGGUAUUAAGCGUCCUUUGAUUAUCUAUGGAGCGAGUACUGCCACGGGAGCCUUCGCUAUCAAGCUUGCUGCGGCCGCCAACGUUCACCCUAUCAUCACAGUUGGCAGCAAGCGGAGUGACUUCAUCAAGCCCUUCCUGGACGAAAACAAGGGGGAUGUCCUCAUCGACUAUACUGCGUAUGCGACAGAGGAGGAGCUAAUCAAGGCGAUUCAGGAGGCUGUUAAGAAGGGAGGUGCUCCCGGCGGCCGCUGUUGGAAAGCCUAUGAUACUGUUUCCGAAGAUAAAACGAUCAGGCUCGUCUCCAAGGCCAUUGCCGGGCCGCCGAACCCGGCAGGCCAGAAGCCAAAGAUAACUAAUAUUUUCCUUAAAACUGAGGUCGAGGGCUCUGACCCGAGUGUUGAGAUUGUAUUCUCUAUGGUUGGUCAAGUCCAUUACGAGGACGAGAAUGACAAGCUCAUUGGCGUGACAUGGGGCGCAGCGUUUUCUCGGGGCCUGCGCGAGGGUUGGUUGACUAGUCAUCCCUACACAUUAGGUAAUAACGGUCUGGAGGGCUUGUCUGAAGGCCUAAAGGGUCUCAGGGACGGCAAAAUCCGCGCCCAGAAAUUUUUGACACGGCCCAACGAGACACCAGGCGCGAGGGAUUGA